GAAUUUUACCUCAACUUAAUCCAGAUGAGUAUGCAGACCAGCAAAGUCAAGCAAAUGGUUCACAAAAUGAAGUGAGAAAUUGGGAUCCGAUAUUUGUAACUACCCCAACAUUGUAUCCAGAAUAUCUACAUUGUAACCAACAAUUCUUUCAAG